AUGACACUAGCGUCGUUUUAUAGUACACAAAUCAUUUCCAACGAUCUUUUACCAAAUUUUACUCUCGCUUCCAUUCCGAUAGAUUUACAAAGAUUUACCAACGAUGUUGCAAAGACGAUCACGAUCAAAUCCAUCAAACUUUCUUCAGUUGAUGAUAAUUCAAUUCAAUUUAUUUGUGGUAGAUCAAAGACCAAAAAUUCUAAAAUAAAGAAUUUGUUAGAAUGGAUUAAAGAUGAUGAGAUCGUAAAUUUAAUCAAAAAUUUCGAAUUGAAACUUGGAACUUACGAAAUAUUCUUCAAAAAAUCGAAUGACGAUGAUGUCCCAAAGAAAUAUACUACAGGAAAUGAAGAAGAUCUUAAAGAACUUGCAGAACUUGGAGUUUUCAAUGCUCAAAUAAUUUUAGGUCUCUUGUAUGCAAAAUGUAUUGAAUCAAAAAUUGAGCAAAGCGAUAUCAAAGCGAUCGAAUUGUUUCAAAAGGUUUCAGAACAAGGUUCUUUCGAAGGAGAUCUUUGUCUUGGAUUUAUUUAUUCUAAAGAACACAGUUCUAUAUAUGAUCCACAAAAAGCAUUCGACCAUUAUAAAAAAGCUUCAGAGAAAGGAAAUGGUAUUGCAAUGAGAAAUUUAGCAAUAAUGCAUUUGGUUGGAGAAGGUGUACCUCAGAAUCUCAGAGAAUCGGUUAAAUUAUUUAAAAAAGCGAAUAAUCAAUUUGGAGAUAGUGUGUCGGGAAAUAUUUUAGGAAUAUUAUAUCAAAAGGGAAUAGGCGUUCCCAAAAGUUUACAUGAAUCUGUGAAAUAUUUUAGGAAAGCAUCUGACUCAAACGAUAUCAAUGCGAAAAUUAACCUCGGAUUGCUUUUAUUCAACGGUGAAGGAGUAGAAAAGAAUGAAGCUGAAGCUGUAAAGUUAUUCCAGGUAGCAGCUGAACAUGGAUUCGUACGAGCACAAAUUUUAUUAGCUAAAGCUUACGAACGUGGAUUAGGAGUUGAAAAGAAUUACGAAAAAGCUAUUGAAUGGUUCUCAAAAGUUGCCGAACGUGAGGGAACGGAUUCUUCCAUAGAUUAUGUCGGGGAAUCGCAAUAUUGCCUUGCAUGUUUAUAUGAAAAGGGCUUUGGAGAUAAAGAGAAGGACCCAGAGAAGGCUUUGUAUUGGUUUACGAAAUCUUCAGAAAAUAAUUAUUUAACGGCUCAAGUUACGCUUGGUGAUAUGUAUCGAGAUGGUCAUGGUGUGGAAGUUGAUGAAGGAAAAGCUUUAAAAUGGUACAUUACAGCCGCAAAAUAUAAUAAUUUUCAAGCACAAUUCGUCUUGGGAGAAUUAUAUGAAGUGAGUUCAUUAGGCGUGAAAAAAGAUGAAACGAAAGCUCUUCAAUGGUAUAAGAAAUCCGCCGAACAAGGUUACAUUAUGGCCUUGAUGAGGCUUGGACUUGGCACUGGUAGUGAUCCUGACGUCUCUAGAAAAUUACAAAUGAUUACUAAAUUACCUUCUGUUAAAACAUUAGAACAAUCCGGUCAAGCUCCUCAACCUACGAUGAUCGAUGACGAUGAGAUUUUGGAAAAAAUAGGCAAUUUGAAAGAUGGUGAAAAAUUAGAAGUAGAUGAUGUAAAUGGUAGUUGUGAGAAUCAAUAA